GGGAUUCACCACUUCUUCCGGCAUUCAGGCUUCGUUGGCCACCCCGUAACCCCGCGUAUUCAACAUAUUCAAUUGCGUACUUUUACUUGUUCGAACAUAGUGGGGACCGUCGGGGUCUUUGAUGGCCGAUAUUUCCCAAUCGACAUACAAUCACCGAGAUUUCCUUGAAAUCAUGGAAAUGGUUGAUAAGCGAUUGAACGAUUCGGGAAAGAACUGGAGACAUGUCUUCAAGGCCCUGACUCUACUGGAUUACUUGCUACACACCGGAGCGGAGGCUGUCAUCGCAUACGCAAGGGAAAACAUACAUGUCAUCAAAACGUUGAAAGAGUUUCAAUACAUUGAUGAUGAUGGAAAAGACCAGGGAGCGAAUGUGCGUCAGAAGUGCAAGGACAUAGUAGCCUUACUGGCAGACGAGACACGAUUACGCGAAGCACGCCAGACACGGGCAGAUAUGCGGGGUCGCAUGGGUGGCAGCGGAUCAAGGCCAGAAAAUGACGGUUCGGGUUCAGGCGCAUACUAUAAUGAGGAUUUUGAAUUACAAAAAGCGCUUGAAGAAAGUAAGAAGACAGCGCAACAAGAUCAGAAACGUAGAGCCGGAGAGGACAAGGAGGAAGAAGAACUCCGACGAGCGUUGGAGCUUAGUGAGAAAGAGGCGAUCGAAAGGCGUAUGCGGGAAAGGGACGAAGCAGCGGCGAAAGCUGCUGCCGAACCAGCCAAGGACAACAUCAUCGAUUUCUUUGGCGGUCUCGAAGACACCACUCCAGCAAACCCUUACGCCCAACAACCGCAACAAACACAAACCUCGUAUGAUCCAUUCUCUGGAUUUGGCGGGGCGGAUCCCUUUGCUGCUCAGCAGCAGCAGCAAUUGCAGCAGCAGUAUGCAUUGCAGCAGCAACAACAGCUGGCUCUCCAACAGCAGCUUGCUCAACAACAAUUCCAGCAGAACCAAAUGUUGCAAAAUCAAAUGCAAAACUCCAACCCAUUCGGUACGGCCCCGGCAAACCCUAUGCAGGAUCAACUCACCGGAAACAACGACGCACUGGCUCGUGGAAGUGGCCCGAUCGAUCCAUUCGCGAGUCUUGCCGCUAGCCGCACAGGCGGCGCAAGCGGAGCAACGCAGUCGAAUCCGUUCGGGGUAGCACAAGGGGCCGGGAACGACAUUUUUGGGGGCGGCAAUCAGCAGAGCCUCGCAAACCAGUCGACAGGUGGAGGAUUUGGCAAUGCCGCUCAAGUGUCCGCACACAACACUGGCAGUGGGUUUGGCGGAUUCAAUCAGGGUCAGGCGCAGAACCUUGGAGGAGGCUUUGGAGGCUUUGGUCAGGGCGGACAAGCAAUCCAGCAGCAUAAUACGGGCGGUAACUUGGGAAGCAACUUGGGAGGUUUUGGUACCCAACCGCUCCAAGCCCACAACACAGGUGGACCAUUUGGCAACAGGGGGGGUAUUCCUGCACAUCUGACUGGAGGAGGAUUAGGCGGCUUUGGCGGCGCUGGAUCCCAGCCUAUUUCCCAGCACAACACAGGGAGUGGCUUCGGAACGCCCGCUCAAGGCACUGGUGGCUUCAACACACCAAACAAAUCCGCCAACGACCUUGUCAACUUGGACGCCUCCAGUUUGAUGAAGGGAAGCGGCUCAGGGGCCGCCAACAACUUUGGCCUCCCCGCCGCAAAGAAUCCCUUCGCCACAGCCGGAACCAGUGCUGGUGGAAAAUUCCAAUGGGAGGCGCCAAAACCCUCCCAGCCCACCCUCGCUCAACUUGCCACCCAAAACACCACUCAAAGCACAUUCGGCGGUGGUGGCUUCAACGGUGCAGGCGGCAACAACAACAACGCUUUCGGUGGCAUGCAGACCGGAUUCGGCGGCGCUUUCCCACAACAACAGCAGCAACAGCAACAGCAGCAACCAUUCUUCGGCGGCGGGGUUCAAGGCGGCCAAGGCUUCGGAAACCCCCAGCAAGGCGCCACAUCUUUCGGUGGCCAACAACAGCAAGGGUUCCAGCAACAGCAAAACGCGUUCGGCCAGAACCCAUUUGGCGCUCAGCAAAACCAGCAUAAUCAGCAGCAAAUGGGAGGUGGAUCCUUCUUCUGAUUCUGAAAGCGGUUAAAUAUGCCGAAGUGAGAUGCAGUAUCUCCUCCGAAAACCCAAUCGUUUUUGUGGUCAUCCCCUCCUUCAUCGACGUUGAUAUCCCACCCCUUUUCCUUUACUUCCACGAGAACCUCAGCGGAGGUUU